AUGUCAAGACGUGGUAAAUGUGUAAAUAUCUAUUCUGAUAAUGCUAAAACUUACGUUGGCGCUAAUGCUGAAAUACAAAAAUUAUUAAAAUCAGCUGAAGGCCAGGUCUUAACUGAAAUGGGACAACAAGGAAUUAAUUGGCAUUUUAUCCCGCCCAGAUCUCCAAAUUUCGGAGGCAUUUGGGAAGCUGGAGAGAAAUCAACGAAAUAUCAUAUAAAACGUGUCAUUGGAGAAUCAAUACUCACUUAUGAAGAAUUCAGUACGGUACUCGCGCAGAUCGAGGCAUGUUUAAACUCACGACCACUCUAUCCUCUUUCCUGUGACCCUACUGAUCUUAACCUUAUAACCCCAGCACAUUUUUUGAUCGGAGAAGCUCUUACGGCUUUACCAACACCAAAUUGUACUAUCGUGAAGGAGUCAUUGUUAUCGAGACUAAGGCGCUGCAAUAAAAUGACUCGCUGGUCCAAAGAAUACAUAUCAGAACUCCAAGUCAGGAGGAAGUGGAAACAUCAUUACCCAAAUUUUCUAAAACCUGGAAUACUUGUCCUUAUAAAGGAAGAUCAUCUACCACCUCUUCAAUGGAGUCUGGGCAGAAUCGUCGAACUUCACCCAGGAAGUGACGGAAUAACGAGAGUGGUAACGGUGAAAACAGUGAAUGCAGUGUUAAAAAGGCCUGUCUCAAAAAUAUGUGUUUUACCUAAUGAAGGAAUUUAA